AUGGCCAGCGCUUUGGUCGACUAUCAUCCUUCCUCAGAAUCUUUACCCUUUGUAUCUGAAUCUGCCACUGCAGAGAAUAUCAAUAGCUUCAAUGCGGUCGACCGCGACGUUUCAUCAUUUGCGGGCUCGCUCCCUGCUAAUCAGGGCUUGUACAUGAACGAGAACGAAAAGGACUCAUGUGGUGUGGGAUUCAUUUGUCAUGUAAAGGGCGAAGCCAAUCAUAAAAUCGUCUCUGAUGCUCGUCAACUGCUCUGUGCAAUGACUCACAGAGGUGCCACUGGUGCCGAUAGCAGAGAUGGUGAUGGUGCCGGUGUGAUGACAGGUAUUCCUCAUGAGUUUUUCAAGAGAGAAGCGGAGCGAGAUCUUGGAUGUACCCUUCCUGAGCCUGGAGAGUAUGCAGUUGGUAACAUUUUCUUCAAAGCCAAUGAUCCGGUAGGACUUCAAUCUCAACAAGCUGUAUUUUCCAACAUCGCCAGCGAUCUCGGCCUCCGUGUUCUUGGUUGGAGAGAAGUUCCAACUGAUGGAUCCAUUCUUGGACCUGCUGCAAGCAGUAAAGAACCGGCCAUCCUUCAGCCUUUCAUUGUUCUUCGUGCUCAUUACGGAAGUGGUACUGUCAGUCAAGGUGGUACAUUUGAUGCAACGCAUCUCGAACGACAGCUUUAUGUUCUUCGAAAGCACGCAACACAUAGCAUAACACUCGCGAAAGGAUUUUACAUUUGCUCUCUGUCAACCAAAAACAUUGUCUAUAAAGGGCAAUUGUCCCCUCCUCAGGUGUACAAUUACUACCAUGACUUGAACCAUGUGUUGUACCGUUCUCAUUUAGCCCUCGUACAUUCGCGAUUUUCUACGAAUACGUUUCCUAGUUGGGAUCGGGCUCAGCCAAUGAGAUGGGCCGCUCACAACGGUGAAAUUAACACUGUGCGCGGAAAUAAGAAUUGGAUGCGUGCUCGUGAAGGUGUCCUUUCUUCACAGAAUUUCGGCGAUGAGCUCGACCUUCUGUACCCUAUCAUCGAAACCGGUGGCUCUGAUUCUGCUGCUUUCGACAAUGUCCUCGAACUUCUCGUCGUCAAUGGAGUUGUCACUUUGCCGGAAGCGAUUAUGAUGCUCAUUCCCGAAGCGUGGCAGGGUAAUGAGAACAUGGAAUCCGAAAAAAGAGCCUUCUACAACUGGGCCGCCUGCCUGCAGGAACCUUGGGAUGGUCCCGCUCUAUUCGCAUUCAGUGAUGGCCGUUACUGUGGUGCCAACUUGGAUAGAAACGGUCUCAGGCCUUGUCGAUUUAUUGUCACUAAUGAAGACAUCAUGAUCUGCGCUUCCGAGGUCGGAGUAUUGUUUAUUCCUCCUGAAAAGGUAGUUCAGAAAGGUAGACUUAAACCCGGUCGAAUGUUGCUGGUUGACACACUCGAAGGACGAAUUGUCGAUGACAAAGAGUUGAAGAGGACCACUGCGGCGAAGCAAAAUUUCGCAUCUUGGGUUGAAACUCACGUUCUUCACGUCCCUAAAAUCAUGAAACGUGCUAGACGCAGCGGUGCUGUUUUGGAACCUAAGCUCGAUGACUAUCCAUUGAGUACCGACCCGAAAUUGUUAGCAUUCGGCUACACAGUGGAACAAUUAAAUCUGCUCAUCCUUCCCAUGCUGUAUGAUGGGAAAGAAGCCUUGGGAUCUAUGGGUAACGAUGCGCCCCUUGCUGCUAUGGCCUCUGCUCCCCGUGUCAUCUACGAUUAUUUCCGGCAGCUUUUUGCUCAGGUCACCAAUCCUCCUAUCGAUUCUAUCCGAGAGAGCAUCGUUAUGUCCCUUGAGGCCUAUGUUGGACCGGAAGGUAAUUUGCUGGAAAUGAAGCCUGAACAGUGUCACCGAAUCCUUCUUCCAUCGCCUGUACUUUCGAUCGAAGAAAUGAAUGCCAUGAAGAACCUGAAAUCAGCUUAUUUGACCUGGCCCUCUAGGACUAUCGAUAUCACCUUUCCUAAGGAAGAAGGCCUUCCUGGAUACAAAUUCGCAUUAGAACGUGUUUGUAGCGAAGCGACUCAGGCUAUUGACGAUGGCGUGAAGGUUAUCAUUCUAUCCGACCGUAAUGUCAGCAUGACCCGUGUCCCAUUAUCAGCGUUGGUUGCUUGUGGUGGGGUACAUCAUUUCCUUGUCGCGCAGAAGAAACGAGCCAAAGUCGCUCUCAUGAUCGAGACUGCAGAGGCUCGCGAAGUUCACCAUCUCUGUGUGCUGGUCGGUUACGGUGCCGACGCUGUCUCUCCCUGGCUGCUGAUGGAGACGGUCCACAAAGUAGGACGCGAAAAACUGAUAAAGGGUGAUAAGACGGUCGCCGACUUGAUGGAUAAUUAUCGCCACUCCGUUGAUAAUGGCAUUCUCAAAGUCAUGUCUAAGAUGGGCAUCUCAACUCUUCAAUCUUAUAAGGGCGCGCAAAUUUUCGAAAUUCUUGGUCUUCACAGCGAAGUCGUUGACCGCUGCUUCAUCGGCUCCGCUAGUCGCAUUCAAGGUGCCACGUUUGACCUUCUUGCCAUGGAUGCCUUUGAGCUUCAUGAGCGUGGAUGGCCAACUCGUGAGACCAUAUUACCCCCUGGUAUGCCUGAAUCGGGAGAAUAUCACUGGAGAGACGGUGGUGAAGCCCACAUCAACGAUCCUACAGGUAUUGCCCACUUACAGGAUGCUGUUCGAGAGAAGAAUCAAACUGCCUACGAUGCCUACGCUCGUAAUGCUGAUGCGCAGACUAGCCAGAUACACCUUCGAGGACUUCUUGAUUUCCGGUACGAGAACAACACACCCAUUCCCAUCGAGCAAGUGGAACCUUGGAACCAGAUUGUUCGUCGUUUUGUCACUGGCGCGAUGUCGUAUGGUUCUAUCUCAAUGGAAGCGCACUCUACUUUGGCCGUAGCAAUGAACCGUCUGGGUGGAAAGUCUAACACUGGCGAAGGAGGAGAGGACGCUGAGAGAUCUCAUGUCCUCAGCAACGGAGACACUAUGAGAUCCGCCAUCAAGCAGGUUGCUUCGGGGCGUUUCGGUGUGACAUCCAACUACCUUGCCGAUGCCGACGAACUGCAAAUUAAGAUGGCUCAAGGUGCGAAGCCGGGUGAGGGUGGUGAACUCCCUGGCCACAAAGUCUCUGGUUCCAUUGCCCGUACCCGACAUUCCACUGCUGGCGUUGGCCUCAUAUCCCCCCCUCCCCACCACGACAUCUACUCCAUCGAGGAUUUGAAGCAGCUUAUCUAUGAUCUAAAAUGUGCUAAUCCUCGCGCUCGGGUGUCUGUCAAACUCGUAUCGGAGGUUGGGGUUGGAAUAGUGGCCAGUGGCGUUGCCAAAGCUAAAGCGGACCACAUUCUCAUAUCUGGUCAUGAUGGUGGUACCGGUGCUUCUCGGUGGACUGGGAUUAAAUAUGCUGGUCUACCUUGGGAGCUUGGUCUCGCGGAAACUCACCAAACUCUGGUGCUUAAUGAUCUUCGUGGUCGUGUCACUGUUCAGACCGAUGGUCAAAUUCGCACAGGUCGUGAUAUUGCUAUCGCCUGCCUACUUGGUGCGGAAGAAUGGGGUUUUGCCACGACUCCUCUAAUUGCCAUGGGAUGCAUCAUGAUGCGGAAGUGUCACUUGAACACUUGUCCUGUUGGUAUUGCCACUCAAGACCCCCAGCUACGUGCUAAAUUUGCUGGACAGCCGGAACAAGUUAUCAACUUUUUCUAUUAUCUCGCAGAAGAUCUACGCAGCUACAUGGCGAAACUUGGAUUUAGGACCAUCAAUGAGAUGGUGGGUCGGGCAGAUGUGCUCAAAGUUAAUGAGAAGAUGCGAACACCAAAAACUGCCCACCUGGACCUCUCGGCCAUCUUGAAACCUGCCUGGCAAAUGCGACCUGGCGCUGCCACUUACCGUGUUCGCCAACAAGAUCACAAGCUCUAUAUUCGCCUCGACAACAAGUUCAUCGAUGAGUCAGAGCCUGCCCUUACGAAAGGACUUCCGGUCCACAUUGAAUGUGAUAUUCUCAACACCGAUCGCGCCCUUGGAACUUCGCUGUCCUAUAGAGUUUCCAAGCUUUAUGGCGAAGAAGGUCUUCCUCGGGAUACUAUCCACAUCAACAUGAAGGGCUCUGCUGGUCAGUCUUGCGGUGCUUUCCUUGCACCGGGUAUCACUAUCGAGUUGGAAGGUGACGCAAACGAUUACGUUGGAAAAGGCCUUUCUGGUGGGAGACUCAUUGUGUACCCCCCCAAAGCCUCUGUCUAUAAAGCAGAAGAAAACAUCAUCAUCGGCAACGUAUGUCUAUAUGGGGCGACAUCUGGGGAAGCGUUCAUCCGAGGUAUCGCUGCAGAGCGCUUCGCCGUUAGAAAUUCCGGUGCCAAUGCUGUUGUCGAAGGAACGGGUGAUCAUGGCUGCGAGUACAUGACGGGAGGUCGUGUUGUGGUUCUCGGUAACACUGGUCGCAACUUCGCUGCAGGAAUGAGUGGAGGCAUUGCCUAUGUCUUGGAUACUGCCCACACGUUUGCGUCCAAAGUCAAUAUGGAGAUGGUUGAGCUCGGAAAGGUGACAGAUCCCCGCGAGAUUGCUGCUCUGCGUAGCCUUAUCGAAGAUCAUCGUCAUUUUACUGGUUCAGAAGUAGCGGACCGCGUCCUUCAUGACUUCCAUCAUCUUCUUCCGCUCUUCGUUCGUGUGAUGCCUAUGGACUACAAACGAGUUCUCGAAGAACAGGCCGCCAGGGAAAAAGAAGAGAAGAUCCGCUCGAGUAUCAUUGACAUGGUUCCUUCAAGAACUGCUAGCCAGGUUGACCUGGCUUCUGAGGGCCUCGAAGACAUAUUACUCCCUAAAACUCCCCUCCCCUCUGCCACCCCUAAACGCCAUGAGCCAUCUGUAGUUGACCUCGAAGACUCCCUCGUUGAUGAAUCUACUCAAAAGCAAAGACUCAAUAAACUCGAUAAAACGCGCGGGUUCAUGAAGUACAAACGACUCGCUGAAGCUUACAGACCUCCUCGAAAGCGUGUCAAAGACUGGAAAGAGAUUUCCACGCGUCUUACCGAAAGCGAAUUAAGUUAUCAGUCUGCGCGUUGUAUGGACUGCGGUGUUCCCUUUUGCCAGUCUGACACUGGCUGUCCAGUCUCGAAUAUCAUACCCAAAUGGAAUGAUCUUGUAUUCAAGGGACAAUGGCAGGAUGCUCUCAAUCGACUGCUUCUCACUAACAAUUUCCCUGAGUUCACUGGUCGUGUCUGCCCGGCACCUUGUGAAGGUGCUUGUGUCCUUGGGAUUAAUGAGCAACCAGUUGGGAUCAAGAGUAUCGAGUGUGCGAUUAUUGACAAGGGCUUCGAAAUGGGCUGGAUGGCGCCCAACCCUCCCUCUUUCCGAACUGGAAAGAGAGUCGCAAUCAUUGGUUCCGGCCCGGCGGGUCUUGCAUGCGCUGAUCAACUAAAUAAAGCUGGGCAUCUUGUUACCGUAUACGACCGUAAUGAUCGCAUGGGUGGUUUAUUGAUGUACGGGAUCCCGAAUAUGAAAUUGGACAAGACCGUUGUCCAACGCCGACUUGACCUAAUGGCCGCUGAAGGCGUUACAUUCAUCCCCAAUGCUCAUGUCGGAGUAGACAUUGAUGUUGAGGACAUACGUGCUCAAAAUGACGCACUUGUCAUUUGCACUGGUGCCACCUGGCCUCGGGACUUGCGAAUUCCCAACCGCGACGUCGAGGGAAUUCAUUUUGCGAUGGAGUUCUUACAGCUGAAUACCAAGUCCCUCCUUGACUCGGAACUGCAAGAUGGUAAUUAUAUUAAUGCCAAAGGCAAGGAUGUCAUAGUGAUUGGAGGAGGUGACACUGGCAAUGAUUGCAUCGGUACCUCCAUGCGUCAUGGAGCGCAGUCGGUCACCAACUUCGAACUGCUCCCAAGGCCUCCCGUCGCUCGUGGAAGAGAUAAUCCAUGGCCCCAAUGGCCACGAAUUUUCCGAACCGAUUACGGUCACACCGAGGUUGCCGCUCACUUCGGAAAUGACCCCAGGGAGUACUGUAUAUCUACUAAAGAUUUCGUUGUCGACGAUAACGGGAAACUCACUGGCUUGAACACCGUCCGUGUUGAGUGGACCAAGGACAGCGGAGGCAAAUGGAAGAUGGAAGAUGUCCCAGGAUCUGAGAAAUUCUUUCCCGCACAACUCGUUUUCCUAGCUCUGGGUUUCCUAGGUCCCAGGAACGACGUCAUCAAAGCUCUUGGUGUGAAGCAAGAUGCUCGUUCAAAUAUACAAACUCCUCACAAAAAAUAUUCUACUAACGUGGAUGGUGUUUUCGCUGCGGGUGAUUGCCGUCGUGGCCAGUCCUUGAUCGUUUGGGGCAUCAACGAGGGACGUAGCGCAGCGGCAGAGAUCGAUGCUUGGCUCAGCUCUGGCAAGACUCGGUUGCCAAGUGCUGGCGGCAUUAAAGCUCGGGUGUAUGUACCACCUCCAAGCAAACUAUAUUCCGCGAAAUCCGCCGAAGUAGAAGCUUAA